ACUGGGUUGUUUUUUUCUCUUGGUGAAUUUAGUUUAUUGGUAUAACUUGUUGUAUUGUGCGAUUAUAAACACAAAGCAACGAUUCAGUAUUAGUAGUAUCAGUGCUAGCUGUAUAGAUACUAGUACUGCAACUUUGGAUACACGUCAGAUGUUUACUGAGCACAGAGUAGACUGUAGUCUGGCAAACGUCAUCAGCUGAAGACCUGCAUUGGAAACCAACAUGUCGCUCGGGGAUAAAGGGUGUUUCCAAUGUGAAGUCUGCUCAAAGAGUUGUAAAGCCAAGUCUCUUCCAGAAAGACACAUGCUUGUUCAUUCUGUUGAAAGACCGUUCAGGUGUGGAAUGUGCUUAAAGGAUUUUUCAACCAAGCGUAACAUUAAAAGACACAUGCAGAUCCACAUUGGAGAAAGACCUUUCAAGUGUGGAAUGUGCUUAAUGGAUUUCUCAACCAAGGGUAACAUUAAAAGACACAUGCAUAUCCACACUGGAGAAAAAGCUUUCAAAUGUGAAGUGUGCAAAAAAUGUUUUAGGCGGAGUUCCCACUUGAAAGUACAUACACUGAUUCAUACUGGUGAGAAGCCAUUCAAAUGUGAAUUGUGCACAAAAUGUUUCAUGCGUUAUUACCACUUAAAACACCAUAUGUUGAUUCAUACUGGGGAGAAACCUUUGAAAUGUGAAGUGUGCACUAAAUGUUUUUCACUUAGUUCCAGCUUAAAGCAGCAUAUGUUGAUUCAUAAAGGCAACAAUGCUUUAAAAUGUGAAGUAUGCAAAAAAUGUUUUCCUGAUAUUUCAAGCGUAAAACAACAUAUGCUGAUUCAUACUGGUAAGGCACUUUUCAAAUGUGAAGUGUGGCCAAACUGGUUUGCACACAGUUCCAACUUAAAGCAUCAUAUGUUAAUUCAUACUGGUGAGAAACCUUUGAAAUGUGAAGUGUGCACAAAAUGUUUUUCACUUAGUUCCAGUUUAAAGCAGCAUAUGUUAAUUCAUACUAGUGAGAAACCUUUCAAAUGUGAAGUGUGCACAAAAUGUUUUUCACUUAGAUCCAGCUUAAAGCAGCAUAUGUUGAUUCAUACUGGGGAGAAACCUUUGAAAUGUGAAGUGUGCACUAAAUGUUUUUCACUUAGUUCCAGCUUAAAGCAGCAUAUGUUGAUUCAUAAAGGCAACAAUGCUUUAAAAUGUGAAGUAUGCAAAAAAUGUUUUCCUGAUAUUUCAAGCGUAAAACAACAUAUGCUGAUUCAUACUGGUAAGGCACUUUUCAAAUGUGAAGUGUGGCCAAACUGGUUUGCACACAGUUCCAACUUAAAGCAUCAUAUGUUAAUUCAUACUGGUGAGAAACCUUUGAAAUGUGAAGUGUGCACAAAAUGUUUUUCACUUAGUUCCAGUUUAAAGCAGCAUAUGCUAAUUCAUACUAGUGAGAAACCUUUCAAAUGUGAAGUGUGCACAAAAUGUUUUUCACUUAGAUCCAGCUUAAAGCAGCAUAUGUUGAUUCAUACUGAGGAGAAACCUUUCAAAUGUGAAGUGUGCACUAAAUGUUUUUCACUUAGUUCCAGCUUAAAGCAGCAUAUGUUGAUUCAUAAAGGCAACAAUGCUUUAAAAUGUGAAGUAUGCAAAAAAAAAUGUCCUGAUAUUUCAAGCGUAAAACAACAUAUGCUGAUUCAUACUGGUACGGCACUUUUCAAAUGUGAAGUGUGGCCAAACUGGUUUGCACACAGUUCCAACUUAAAGCAUCAUAUGUUAAUUCAUACUGGUGAGAAACCUUUGAAAUGUGAAGUGUGCACAAAAUGUUUUUCACUUAGUUCCAGUUUAAAGCAGCAUAUGCUAAUUCAUACUAGUGAGAAACCUUUCAAAUGUGAAGUGUGCACAAAAUGUUUUUCACUUAGAUCCAGCUUAAAGCAGCAUAUGUUGAUUCAUACUGGGGAGAAACCUUUGAAAUGUGAAGUGUGCACUAAAUGUUUUUCACUUAGUUCCAGCUUAAAGCAGCAUAUGUUGAUUCAUAAAGGCAACAAUGCUUUAAAAUGUGAAGUAUGCAAAAAAAAGUUUCCUGAUAUUUCAAGCGUAAAACAACAUAUGCUGAUUCAUACUGGUAAGGCACUUUUCAAAUGUGAAGUGUGGCCAAACUGGUUUGCACACAGUUCCAACUUAAAGCAUCAUAUGUUAAUUCAUACUGGUGAGAAACCUUUGAAAUGUGAAGUGUGCACAAAAUUUUUUCACUUAGUUCCAGUUUAAAGCAGCAUAUGCUAAUUCAUACUAGUGACAAACCUUUCAAAUGUGAAGUGUGCACAAUUUUUUUUUCACUUAGAUCCAGCUUAAAGCAGCAUAUGUUGAUUCAUACUGGGGAGAAACCUUUCAAAUGUGAAGUGUGCGCAACAUGUUUUGCUAAUAGUUCCAACAUAAAACAACAUAUGUUGAUUCAUAAAGGCAACAAUGCUUUCAUAUGUGAAGUGUGUAAAAAAAUAAUUUCACAGAGUUACAGCUUAAAGCAACAUAUGUUGAUGUGUGCACAAAAUGUUUUGCUCAGAGUUCCAGCUUAAGACAGCAUAUGUUGAUUCAUACAGGAGGAACUGAACUGAAGAUGUAGAUUGAGUGACAUGAUUCUAGACAAAAAAGUUGUGUAUCCAUCUCUGAUGCAGAUUUUGUGCCUGAAGAAAAAGAAGUAAUCACUAUUUUAAUAAUUAUUUAUUCAUUCAUUUUCUUAGUUGACUAAAAUAUAUAUUAUCUGUAUAUUAAUACUAUAUGUCAGAAGUAACAAAUAUAUUACCUCCAGUAGCUGGCAAUAAAUAAUGGUAGAGCGUAUGAGUACGUAUUUUCUUGUAUCGGUUUUAAAGUGUUACGUUAAUGUUACUUCAAUAUUACUAUCACUUGUGACUGUCAACUUGUUUUAUUAGGUAUUUGAUAACCUAAUAACC